GGCAAGCUGGGUCUGAGAGGAGCACACUCAUUGGGAGAGGGUUGGGGAGGAGGCAAAAGUUACCCCUGAAUUUCUGCCCCCUAGAGGAAUCUUGGCCCUGAGACCAGUGUGCCUCACUGGGUAUGAAUGAGGUCAGGUGGUGCUUCCCGGUGCUGAGUUUGACACAGCAGAGUUUCACACCUAUGCCAGGUAUCACUCCUACAGAGGCGUGUUGUUCACUCACAUACUUGGCAUCACCUCCCGGUGACUCUCAAUGCUUUUAGUAGGUCGAUUCCCUUCCGCACAGGAAGAAACUGGGGAAUGGAUGAGGGUGUUUAAGAGGAGUGGGGUCCAGGGCUGCUAAGGAACAGCAUCUCAGCAUCUGGAGGAUAACUGGGAGUAGAGUGGGCCUGGAGCAGUUGGCUAAAGGUGUCUGGAGCUAGAGAUUGGGAGUCAUGCAAACAUGGGUGGAGGAUCUAUGUGAAGAUGGGCAAAAUGCUGAUCACCAUUGAAAUUCUGAGGAUUGCCAGAGGUUCAUUAUAUUAUUCACUCUUCUUGGGUAUAUGUUUGAAAAUUUCCAUAAUAGAACGUCAAAAGAGCUAAAAGCCGUGUGGCUUUGUACCUGCAGGUGGUAUGUGUACCCUGCUGCUGGUGUGGAAUGAGCUCAGAGACCUCUGAGUGUGUGGGUGCAGAAGUGAGUUCACCACCAUGUGCGCGUAUUGUGCAAACUGCAGCGUGCGUGCAGUUGGGGACAGCACCUGGGCAGGGCAGGGGAGAAGCUUCUGUUCUGCUCAGGCCCUCCACUCUCACCCCAGCACCCCGCAGAGCAGCCCUUUCCUCAGGGCCGCGCCUGGUGCCAGCCGGCCCACCAGUGGGGGGACUGCGCCUGGAAGCUGUAAUGGAGGCCCUGCAGAGACAGCAGGCAGCCCGACUGGCCCAGGGGGUGGGGCCUUUGGCCCCUCCACGCCCACCACCACCACCGCCGCGGCCUUCCUUUCCUGGAUCCCGGACCCUACAGGCCCCUGACGGGGGCUUGGGGGAGGUUGGAGCUGAGGAAGAAGAGGAUGCCCAAGAGGAUGAGGAAGGAGAGGAAGCCGGCGCAGAAGAGGAGGCAGCCGAGGAGAGCCACCCAGGGACCCGGGGCACCCUCUCACCUUCCAGCCAGCCCCCUGGACCUCAUCCCCAUGAGUGGACCUAUGAGGAGCAGUUCAAGCAGCUGUACGAGCUCGAUGCAGACCCCAAGAGGAAAGAAUUUCUGGAUGACCUGUUUAGCUUCAUGCAGAAGAGGGGGACGCCAGUGAACCGUGUGCCCAUCAUGGCGAAGCAGGUGCUGGACCUGUACGCGCUGUUUCGCCUGGUGACGGCCAAGGGCGGUCUGGUGGAAGUCAUCAACCGCAAGGUGUGGCGGGAGGUCACGCGCGGCCUCAGCUUGCCCACCACCAUCACGUCGGCCGCCUUCACUCUACGCACCCAGUACAUGAAGUAUCUGUACCCGUACGAGUGCGAGACGCGGGCGCUCAGCUCCCCGGGGGAGCUCCAGGCCGCCAUCGACAGCAACCGGCGGGAAGGCCGUCGUCAAGCUUACACCAACGCCCCACUCUUCGGCUUGGUGGGGCAGUCCCCUCGGGGCACUCUUGGCCCCGCCUCGGGUCCCGGGCCCGCCCCUCCCGCGCCCACGCCCACGCCCACGCCCGGCCCCCGCGCUGCUCAGGGCUCCGCCUCCGGCCUGCCGGCGCACGCCUGCGCGCAGCUGAGGCCGAACCCCAUUAAGAAAGAGGAGAGCGGAAUUCCAACCUCUCGACUGGCACUGCCUGUGGGCCUAGCCUUUGGACCUGCGCGUGAGAAGGUGGCACCAGAGGAGCCCCCAGAGAAGAGGGCUGUGCUGAUGGGGCCCAUGGACCCACCUCGACACGGCGCACCCCCCAGUUUCCUGCCCCGUGGCAAGGCGUCCUCUUUGCCCGUCGCCAGCCCGUGCCAGCUUCCCAGGGCCCAGCCAACCCUGCACCCCCACCCCUGACGGGGCCCCCUUCCAGCGCCUCACCCUGAGAGCUCACACCUGAAAUUGAGAGUCGCAACCCCAUUGCUGAGGGGGGAGGAGACACCGCUCCAACCCAUUCUUCCAAGGUGCCCAUUCUGGGACCCAGCCCUGGGAGGUGGCCACUCCCCCCCUCAACCAUGCCAUGUGGACUUGAAGCCAAAGAGAUUUCUUCUGAUGUUACAUCUACCUCAUUGCAAAAGGAGGGCACCUCCUCCCUGGCCAACUCCAGCAGCAUCUACCAAAGAGUUCUUCCCCCGGUAACCCCCAUCAUCUCCUCAUGUGCUCCCCUGUGUCAAUGUCAUCUGUAGGACUCCACCUCUUCGAGUCAGACCUGCUUCUCUUCAGGAGCCAGGUGAAGGGUUGAGUUGGAGUGUUUUGAAGAUGUCCCUCAGGUCACAUCUGGAUAAUAAAG